AUGGCUUCGAGAUCCAGACGUAUCGAGCCGCGCUCGGGCAUUGCCUGUUCUGACGAUACCGUGCUAGCAUUACUAGAAGAAUCUGAUGUCGAUUUUAGCAGCGACGAUGAUACCCAAAAUCCCACAUAUAAUGAACCCACGGAAAUCGCUACACAAGAGCGUCGAAGGUAUGAUUCUAGUGAUUCUUCUGUAAAUUCAGACUCCUAUGAUGUUGUUGAGCCACCAUCGCCGGCUUUAUCGAGUGAAUCUAUAAUACGCCAAGCAACUGGCUCUGGUUUACGCCAAGCAAGAUCUUCUCGUCGCCCUCGAAGGUCAACUCAGCCAACCUACAGACAAAUACCGUCUCAAUCUCAACCUGAUGUUGUGGAUUUAUGGACUGGAAAUUUUGAACCUCUCGAAGUAAAUCUGUAUGAACCAACAUACGUGCCAAAUUUCGACCAUGGAUGGUCAUACGAACAGUUUUUUGAACGUUAUAUAAAUGAACAAAUACUCUUACAAAUUGUGGAUUGUACAAACAGAACAGCAGUUCAUGUAAAAGGCAGGUCACUUGGUCUUACAGUUAAAGAAUUAAAAGUUUAUAUUGGAGUGACAAUGAUUAUGGCUUCAUUACAAUAUCCUCAAAUAGACAUGUAUUGGUCGUCUAAAUGGAAACAGCCUAUCGUAACAUCAGCUAUGACACGUCUGCGUUUUUACGCAAUUAGAACAUCGUUAAAAGUGGUUUAUGAUCUUGAUGUUAUCGUCGAAGAGCGUCAAAAAGACAAGAUUUGGAAAGUGCGUCCCCUUUUCGAGAAAGUACGACAAGGAUGUUUACUUCAACCUCGCACAGCAAAAAUGUCUAUUGAUGAAAUGAUCAUUCCGUUUACUGGUCAAUGUUGUAUUCGUCAAUAUAACCCUAACAAACCUAAUCCCUUAGGGUUAAAAGUAUUUGCAUUAGCAACGCCUCAGGGAAUGGUUAUAGAUUUCGAGAUAUAUCAAGGAGACAAGACUUUUCCAGAAAUUAGACAGAUGGGUUUUGGUCUCGGAGAAGCAGCUAUUCUUCGGCUGACCGAAGCACUUGUCCCUGGUCACCACAUCUUUUUUGAUCGCUAUUUUACCACUAUCAAAUUGUGUGAUGAAUUAUUGAAUAAAAGUUUUCACGCGACUGGAACAAUUAUGAGAAACCGAUUGCCCAAAAACUGUAUGAUGGAAGAAGAUAAGAGUUUUAUGAAAAAGCAACGGGGUUAUUGCGAAAUAAAAACACGAGUAGAUGGCAAGAUGGCAGUAACACGUUGGAUGGAUAAUAAGCCCGUGGUGAUGUUGUCAACGCGUUUAUCUAAUAGACAUGCAGAUGAGUGUGAAAGAUGGUCGAAGAAAAACAAAGUGUAUGAACGUGUAAGACGCCCCGAAGUUAUCAAAGAAAAUAACGAAAAUAUGGGGGGUCUAGAUUUAGCUGUAUGCCCUUCACGUAACAGAACAAAAAAGUGGACAAUACGAGUAAUUUCUCACAUGAUAGACUUGGCUGUUGCUAAUUCAUACCUUCAGUUCAAACAGAGAGAGAAGAAAAAAGGCGUUAAAAACGUUAUAGGCAUACGUGAAUUUAAGAUGGAACUUGGUGAGAAGUUAAUUGCUGAUAACUUAGAUUCUACAGACACAGAUGACCCUGCUGAUGAGUUUAAAGAACUUUUACUAAAGCACAAGAAACAUAAACUGUUUUGA